AUGAUAAUGUUAAAUGACGAAAAGAAGAAGAAAAAACGUGUGUGGACGAAGGAAUGGUUGAGGAAUAGGGAACGGUUCACCCACUUACGUUUACUGAAAUCCAUUCAAGCAAGUGAACCUCCUGAUUUUAUAAAUUACCUGAGAAUGGAUUACCCCACAUUUGCACAAUUAUUAAGCGAAAUAACUCCUCUAAUAGAGAGAAAAGACACAUUAAUGAGAGAUGCGGUUACUCCAGAAGAGCGGUUAAUAGCUACAUUAAGAUUUUUGGCAACUGGAAGAAGUUUUGAAGAUCUAAAAUUCAGUUACGUUAUUUCCACUCAAUUACUUGGCCGUAUAAUUCCGGAAACUUGCCGUGCAAUAUACAAAGUCUUACGAAAAAAAUACUUAAAGUUUCCGUCAAAAGAUGAAGAAUGGAUUAAAAUAGCCAUGGAUUUUAAGAAAAUGUGGCAAUUUGAAAUCUGCUUGGGGUCAAUGGAUGGCAAACAUAUUGCGAUUAAACAGCCACCAGGAAGCGGCUCAUAUUUUUAUAAUUACAAAGGAUUUUAUAGCACGGUAUUAUUCGCAAAUGUAAAUGCCAACUAUGAGUUCAUUUACGUAUAUUCUGGAACCAACGGCAGGAUUUCUGGUGGUGGUGUCAUAAAAAACACAGAAUUUUACAAUUUAUUAAUGUCAAAUUCUUUAAAAAUACCACAACCCGUUAAUAUACCCGGAAUUAGUGAUAAAUUGCCAUACGUGUUCAUUGGAGAUGAAGCUUUUCCCUUGAUGACAAAUCUAAUGAAGCCGUAUAGUCAAAGUAAUACCACAGGCUAUGAAGAGCGGGUUUUUAAUUACAGAGUUUCCCGUGCAAGACGAGUGGUUGAAAACGCAUUUGGAAUCAUGUCAAACCGAUUUAGAAUUCUAUUGCAACCUAUAGCUACUAAAGUAGAAACAGUUGAUGAUAUUGUUUUAGCGUGUUGUGUGUUACAUAACUUUUUACGCACUAAAAGUUCUUCUUAUAUUCAAUCCUCUAAUGUUGAUAGAGACGACAUUACAACUGGAAACAUGUAUCAAGGUGAUUGGCGCUAUUAUACAGGUGAAUUAGUAUCUGAGAAAAUUUCUAGUUGUGUCAUGACAUUUUUCAUAAAAAGUUGCCUCAAGAAUGUUUUUCCAGAUUCACGAAAAAACGAAAUGGAAAUUCAUUGGUAG